AUGUUGGGCUUGAACUUCCGCCAUGGUGCCAUGACUGCUUCGUACCCAGGCGACCCGGUUCUCUGCCAGAACUCGCGGAUUUCCCCAGGCAGUUCCAGAGAGAGAGCUAAGGUGGACGACUGGGAUCGGGUUCACAAGCACGAGUGCAAGGUCCUCGAAGUCGACCAAGAUGCUCUCAGGAAUGAGGGCCUAUGGGUCCCUCAUCGCUCACGGCACAUUCACCUCCUAGCCAUCCAGCGCCAGAUGAACGCUCUGAAGGACUCAAACUUUAUCGAGAAAGCAACGCUCUGCAUCAUGCAUCACGCUGGUGUAAACGCCAUGGCUUCCAAGGACUUCAUCUACGUCCUUAGGUCAUUCGCAAGCGAGACCGACACCACCCUUUCACUGGAGAAGUACCGUCGGAAAGCAGCCAAGAGGUAG